UACGAGGAUGCCGCCCUGGAAAAAUUGUACAGAUGACUGAGGCUGAAGUUCGAGGUCUAUGUAUAAAAUCAAGAGAGAUCUUUCUCAGCCAACCUAUCCUUUUGGAAUUGGAGGCACCAUUAAAGAUCUGUGGUGACAUUCAUGGACAGUACACAGACCUCCUGCGAUUGUUUGAAUAUGGAGGAUUUCCACCUGAGGCAAAUUACUUGUUCUUGGGAGAUUAUGUAGAUCGAGGAAAGCAGUCUCUGGAGACGAUUUGCCUCCUCCUAGCAUACAAGAUCAAAUAUCCAGAAAACUUCUUCCUUUUGCGUGGAAAUCAUGAGUGCGCCAGUAUCAAUCGUAUCUAUGGAUUCUACGAUGAGU